UUGCUGUUAGUCUCCAAGUUUGCUUAACGCCAACCGCACGGUGUGUUGUCGCAAAGCCAGCCUCGAUUGCCUUUGUUAUUGUUAUUGAACAUUGCAAAAAAGAAAGAAAACAAAAACAACAUUCGUUGACAUUGUUACAGUCCCUGAAAAAUGAGACUUAUAAUCUUGGAAUCAAGUGACUCAGUUGGCAAAUGGGCCGCCAAAUAUGUAGCCAAGCGGAUCAAUGACUUCAAACCGGGUCCCGAUAAAUAUUUUGUACUGGGUCUGCCCACGGGUAGCACACCAUUGGGUAUGUACAAGGAGCUGAUUGAGUUUCACAAGCAGGGCAAGGUCUCCUUUCGCUAUGUGCGGACCUUCAACAUGGACGAGUAUGUGGGUUUGCCUCGCGAUCAUCCCGAGAGCUAUCACCACUUUAUGUGGCACAAUUUCUUCAAGCACAUUGACAUCGAUCCGGCGAAUGUUCACAUUUUGGAUGGUAAUGCGCCCGAUCUCGUUGCCGAGUGCAAUGCGUUCGAACAACAGAUUAGGGAAGCCGGUGGCGUAGAACUCUUCAUUGGUGGCAUUGGACCCGAUGGACAUAUUGCAUUCAAUGAGCCUGGCUCAUCGUUGGUGUCGCGAACGCGUGUCAAGACCCUGGCCCAGGACACACUUGAAGCGAAUGCCCGUUUCUUUGAGAAUGAUAUGAGCAAGGUGCCCAAGCAGGCGCUCACUGUGGGCGUGGGUACCGUUAUGGACUCGCAUGAGGUGAUGAUCUUGAUUACGGGCGCCCACAAGUCCUUCGCCUUGUACAAGGCCAUUGAGGAGGGCGUCAAUCAUAUGUGGACUGUCAGCGCAUUCCAGCAGCACGCGAACACGCUGAUGAUCUGCGAUGAGGAUGCAACGCUGGAGCUGCGCGUCAAGACGGUUAAAUAUUUCAAGAGCCUCAUGGAUGUGCACUCCAAACUGAUAGAGCAGCAAAUGGUCAAUCAACCCUAGUGCUAAAUGUGGCACGUCUUAUUUUGUUUCGAACUCAAGGAGAAAAUAUCAGUUACAAAUAAUUUUCAUAUUAUGCAUUUUUAUUUUUAUAAUAAAAUUACUUACAAUACAAAAAAAAUGGAAUGUAUGUCUAAAAAUAUAUAUAUAUUUUUACAUGUGCAUUGUGGAGACUAAAUAAAACAGUGAAAACCUAA